AAAAAGGAGGCAGAGGAGCAUCAUCACAUCUUUUACUGCAUUUAGAAAUAGUUGCACGAGUACUGAAGGAUUCACCACACCUGCCCAGGACUGGUAACAUGCUGCUGCUGCUGUUCCUGGUGCUCCCCCUGGUGGUGGAGUCAGCCCCUGCCUCUACUGACCCACUGCCUCUGGAUUGUGAAGAUGUUUAUAACAGUGGCUCAGUGAGCACUGGGGUUUACACCAUCUACCCCGGAGGAUCCAGUAAACCAGUGCAGGUUUACUGUGAUAUGGGCUGUGAUGAAGACAAAGGGAGGUGGACUGUGUUUCAGAGGAGGAUGGACGGCAGUGUGAAUUUCUACAGGCCGUGGGAUGAGUACAAGAACGGCUUUGGGAACGCGAGCGGUGAAUACUGGCUGGGUCUGCAGAACAUCUUCCUCAUUACUAACAGAGGAAAGUAUGAGCUGAGGAUCUACAUGGAGGAUUUUGAGAGAGGAAGUGUUUACGCCCAUUACACCAGUUUCUACAUUGACUCGGAAACGUACAGGUACAAGCUGCACAUUAGCGGCUUCAUCAACGGAGGAGCAGGUAACUCUCUGGCGAUACACAACGGGCAGAAGUUCUCCACCUUCGACAAAGACGAUGCGGGGACUAACUGUGCUAAGACCUACCUCGGCGGGUUCUGGUACGCCAACUGCCACCAUACCAACCCCAACGGUAUUUACCUGUGGGGACUAGAUAAAACCUAUUAUGGGAUUGGAAAUUGUUGGUACCACUGGAAAGGCCAUGAAUAUGGUCUCAAGUUCAUCAGUAUGAAGAUCAGACCUGUCUUUAACAAAUAGAAGCGUCUUUCAGACGAGACAGAGGCGUUUAACGUUAUCACACGUUUAUUAAAUGUGUAACGUUUUUCUUUACUUUAAAACCUUUUCAGAGACCUUUUCUUUCUACUUGUUGUCUCUUGAUUACAUCUUCAAAAAAAACUUUUGUGUUAAUCUGUGACAUUAAAAAAACAAAUAAAUAAAUAAAUAAAAAAAUUAUCCCAGCAAUGCAAAAAAAGCUGAUUUC